AAGUGACAGGUUCCCCACUUGAUACGAUCCUUCCUUUUCUAUCCGAAACUCCGUGGCCUUCUGCAAUUUUCCCAGCCCGCGUCAAAACGCAAAUGCCACGAUUUAAUCGCAUCGUUGCACAGUAUUCAAUGCAAUGGCCCUGGUAGUAAACCGACCUCCUCCAAAUCAAAUUCAAAUUCAGAUUGAAUUUCAUUCCUUCGAUGCUCAGUCCUCUCCCACCUUUUCCGAUCUCUUUCAUUCCUCUCGUUCUCUCUCUUCGUGGCCGGAGUCCGGCUGAUUCAGCUGGAAGGCGGUUGCCGUUGCAGUAGCAUUUUCCGGUUUCUGCUGAACUUCGACAUCGCGAUAGGUUUUUCGUUGCAGACGUGUAUGUUGACUUUGAACUUGUGCUGUGUGUUCAGCUAGCUGCUACGAUUCGAAAUUUUGAAUUCGUUGUUUUUUGGAGAGGGUUUGAAGUUUGUGUAGCGUGUUAGGGUUGUGGAGGGAGCAGAAUCCUUGUUUGGCGAGGUGGAUUUUGGAAACAGUUUUGAAUUUCAAGUGGAUUUUGGGGCGGAUGGUGGUUAAACAUGCCUAGCAUUAGAGCUCCAGCUACCAAGAGAACAACUACUCUAACGGUGACCAUAAAGUGUCGACCAUUGACGGAAAGAGAACAUGGUCGCAGUAUAGUUAGACUCCAUAAUGACAAAGAGGUACUUGUUUUGGAUCCUGACCUGUCAAAGGAUUACCUUGAACGCAUAAGGAAUCAUACCAAAGAGAGAAGAUAUUCUUUUGAUUAUGCAUUUGGACCUAACUCCAACAAUUUGGAUGUUUACAAGAAAAGUAUUCAGUCUACAAUAGUUGGAGUUAUUCAAGGGCUCAAUGCAACUGUGUUUGCUUAUGGAUCAACAGGCAGUGGUAAAACAUAUACAAUGGUUGGGACUAAAGAUGAUCCUGGACUUAUGGUUCUCAGUCUGAAUACAAUUUUUGAUCUUAUUAACAAGGAUAACAGCUCUGACAAAUUUGAAGUUACUUGCUCUUACCUUGAAGUAUACAAUGAGGUUAUUUAUGACUUACUUGAGAAAUCAUCAAGUCACUUGGAGCUUAGAGAGGAUCCAGAGCAAGGCAUAGUGGUUGCUGGUUUGAGAUGCAUUAAGGUGAAGUCAGCUGAUAAAAUUCUUGAGCUUUUAAAUUUGGGGAAUAGUAGGCGAAAAACUGAUAGCACUGAAGCAAAUGAGGCUUCCUCACGCUCACAUGCAGUGCUGGAGAUACAAGUUACAAGAAAACAGAGUGCAAAAUAUCCUAAUCAGGUUAUUAAAGGAAAACUUGCACUUGUAGAUCUAGCUGGAAGUGAACGAGCGUCUGAAACCAAUAGUGGGGGCCUGAAGUUAAGAGAUGGUGCUAAUAUUAAUAGGUCACUGCUUGCUUUGGCAAACUGCAUAAAUGCUCUGGGAAAACAACAGAAGAAGGGUCUAGCUUAUGUUCCUUAUCGUAAUAGCAAAUUGACGCGUAUUCUUAAAGAUGGCCUGAGUGGUAAUUCUCAGACAAUAAUGAUCGCCACCAUAUCUCCAGCAGAUAGUCAGUAUCACCAUACUGUUAACACUUUGAAGUAUGCUCACCGAGCAAAGGAAAUUAAGACACAUAUUCAGAAAAAUGUUGGCACAAUAAACUCUCAUGUUUCAGACUACCAAAGAAUGAUUGAUAGUCUUCAAAAUGAGGUUAGCCAAUUGAGGAAGGAACUAGCUGAGAAAGAAUCUCAACUAAGUGCUAUGCCUACUGAAAAAUAUUCGGACAAUGAACUUUCUUGGUUGGAGACAUUGAGCCUAGAAACAAGUGAAAAUGUUCAGGAGAGGAUAAAUUUACAGAAGGCUUUAUUUGAGAUUGAAGAAACCAAUACACACAACCGCACUGAACUCCAGCAUCUUGACGAUGCAAUUGCAAAACAACAGGCAAUUGAAAGCAGAGGAGCAGUUGUGCAGGCUCUCAGAUCAAGGCGUCAGGUCAUUCUUGACAACAUUCGUGAUAAUGAUGAACUUGGUGUAAAAUAUCAGAAGGAAAUUGAAGCAAAUGAGAAUCGCAGGCUUGAGCUACAAGCUAUGGUCGAGGAAGCCAUAGGCAACAAUGGGAACAAAACAUACCUUCGAAUUCUCAGUCAAUACAGACUCCUGGGAAUGUCUAAUACUGAGCUUCAGUUUGAAAUAGCAAUGAGAGAUCAAGUCAUUUACAAUCAAAGGGCAGCACAAACAAAACUGUGGAAUUUACUUCUGAGCUUAGGCCUGGAUGAGAAGCAGAUAUUGGACCUUGUUGCCAAGCAAGGAAUAACAAUUGAAGACCGGGUGAUGACACCACAGCUUAAGCUUUCAGGUACGACACAACCCCAAAAUAUGCAAGGUGGAGGAAGAUAUACUCCAAUUUCCUCUCGAUCCACUUCAAGGCACUUCACCAACUCGUCCGGUGGCCUUCCACAUGAUCAAUACUUUUGUGCUAGACCAUUUAUCAUAGAGAAUCAGAAACUCCCUCAAAUGUACUGCAGAGAAGAUCAUCAUAGUUCAUAUCAGUAUUCUCAUGAUUACUCCCUUCCAGCUUAUACAGGGCCUAGUAGAGGUGGAUAUUGGACUAGUAGCAUGCCCCCGAGUUCCCAAUAUGGCAUUCCUGACAAACAUCUUCAGGAUUUCUCCAGUUCACAUAUGCAGACAAGAAGCCAAUUUCCUCCAUGAAGUGAGAGCAGUAUGUCAUUACAACUUCAUUCACUCAACCAUUAAACAGCAACAGCAGUAACUAAGCAGGAUACAUGGAAUAAGCAGUGUCGGGCAGCAAUUGCACCCAAGAAAGUAUCUACCAUGUGACGAUGGAUUGCAAAUCUCAGGCUUGGGACUCAGGUUGUACAAUAUUCCAACUCUACCCUUGUAUUUUGUGAACCAAUACAAUUGAACCUGUACAAUAUCCCAGUGCUGCUGCUGCCUUCUUCCUAUGUUGCACUAUAACAAGUCUCUUGUGCCCAUACCCUUCAUUCUCUCUCAGCCGCCUAACUUCAAAGAGAUCCUUUCUACUUUUGUCUCAUCCUCUGUAAGAAUUACAGAGCCUGAUAGCCAUAGUUGCACCCAAAUAGAUUCAUUCCUCAUAGUUCAAUUCAAUUGAUUUUUCUGUGUAUCCAGGAAGAUGUGUGAAUCUUAUUUUGUAGCUACAGAGUACGUGAACCUAGUUUAGACACUUGGUAGUAAAUAGCAGGACAGAGUUGCCUGGAAUGAGACGGUUAAACUGUCAAAAUGAUACUAUUUUUGUCUGAUUUUUCUGUGACAAAAAUUGGGGUUAAUCGAAUUUCCUUUUCUCUA